CUCAUCAUGUAAUUGUUGAAUCCUAUACCAACAGCCACUGACUUUUCCAAGAGCUCAGGCUUUAAGAGAGAGAGAGAGAGAGAGAGAGUUGUUACAAACACGAAAUCCGGGAAUGGGAACGAGCGGCCUCGAAGUACGAGCUGGGUCAAAGAGGCUGCAGAGCUUGGCCGAGAAUUUCCGUCCUCACAUGCCACAACCAGAAACUGAUUUUACCAAAAGAGCCGCGGUUCUGGCGUGUCUCUUCCGCGGCGACGGCGGCGAUCUGCGCGUCAUUCUCACCAAGCGAUCCUCAACUCUCUCCUCUCACUCAGGGGAAGUUUCCUUGCCUGGUGGGAAAGUGGAGGAAGGCGACGGAGACGACGUCGUUACGGCGUUGCGUGAGGCCAAGGAGGAGAUCGGGUUGGACCCUUCUCAAGUCAAUGUCGUCACUGUUCUCGAACCUUUUGUCACCAAGAUUGGUAUGACAGUAGUUCCUGUAAUUGGAGUACUUUCAGACAAGAAAUCAUUCGUUCCGGCACUGAAUGCCGCAGAAGUGGAGACCAUAUUUGACGCUCCCUUAGAAAUGUUCCUUAAGGACGAGAAUAGAAGAGCAGAAGAGAGAGAAUGGAAGGGAGACAAGUAUUUGCUGCAUUUCUUUGACUAUGAAGCAGACAACAAGAAGUUCGUCAUAUGGGCUUUAACUGCUGGCAUUUUGAUCAAAGUAGCCUCAGUCGUUUAUGAUCGGCCACCGGAAUUUCCUGAGCGGAGGCCGAAAUUCUGGAGCAGAGAUGUCAAUGAACAAACUAGCAUGUCUAAGACCCAAACCUCGUGAUAUAUAGUUCUUUAUAAAUACAUACAUGUAAUAUCUGUUUACAGCCUGCAUUGCUUGAGAUGCCAAAAUGUCCAAUUUUAUAGAUUCCAAGUGUACCUUCUUUUUAUACAAAAUUUGUAGUAUUCAAGACA